CCUCGUAGGAUACAUGUCGGCGGAUGAAGAGCAGCAAGCAGAAAACGCAGGACUGCUACAGUCUCUUCCUGUCCCAGAACAGCCAUGGCAAGUGGUUAGCCUGGAAUUCAUAACCGGGUUACCAACUUCCAGAAGCGGUCAUAACGCAAUCCUUGUCGUCAUCGACAAGUUUUCCAAAAUGGGGCACUUCAUCCCGACAUACUCGACAUCACGCACCGAGGAGACAGCACAACUUAAGUUCCGGAAGGAACUGAUGUUUCUGCUUAAGACCAAACUCGCCAUGUCAUCCGCAUACCAUCCCCAGAUAGAUGGACAGACCGAGCGUCUUAACCGAAUUGUAGAGCAACUCCUCCGUGCAGCAUGCAAGGACGAAAUCUCUAAAUGGAACUUGCAUCUGCCUGUCCUGGAGUUUGCCUACAACAACGCCACUCACGCCACUACUGGACAGACGCCGUUCUUCCUCUGUUACAGACGCAACCAACUCACCCCACAGAAAUUGACAGCACCAACCACAUCCUCCGACCCCCGCCUUUGAGAAUGCAAGUGCGGCGUUUGACCG